ACAAACAUCAUUAACCUUCUCUAUUUGAGUUUGUUAAUUCUGAAGCCAAAACAACAACAGGAAAAAAAGAAAAAAAAAAAAAAAAAAAAACAGAAACAUGGGUGAUGUUGAAGGUUCUCCAGGAAGCUCAAUGCAUGGAGUGACUGGAAGAGAACAAACUUUUGCAUUCUCUGUAGCUUCCCCGAUCGUCCCAACUGACACGACCGCUAAAUUUGCAUUACCGGUCGACUCGGAGCAUAAAGCUAAGGUUUUCAGGCUAUGGUCUUUAGCCAACCCCCAUAUGAGAACCUUCCACCUUUCUUGGAUUUCCUUCUUCACAUGCUUUGUCUCGACGUUCGCAGCUGCCCCUCUCGUCCCCAUCAUUCGCGACAACCUGAACCUGACGAAAGUUGACAUCGGGAACGCUGGAGUUACAUCUGUUUCUGGGAGUAUCUUCUCUCGUCUUGUGAUGGGGGCUGUGUGCGACCUUCUGGGACCACGCUAUGGAUGUGCGUUUUUGAUAAUGUUAUCGGCUCCAACGGUGUUUUGUAUGUCGUUUGUGUCGAAUGCUGCUGGUUACAUAGCGGUUAGAUUCAUGAUCGGGUUUUCGCUAGCAACGUUCGUGUCGUGUCAGUAUUGGAUGAGUACAAUGUUUAAUAGUCAGAUAAUAGGGCUUGUGAACGGGACAGCAGCUGGGUGGGGAAAUAUGGGAGGAGGAGCAACUCAAUUAAUAAUGCCAUUGUUGUAUGAUGUUAUUCAGAGAGCUGGUGCUACUCCUUUUACUGCUUGGAGGAUCGCUUUCUUCAUUCCUGGUUUCCUUCAUGUUCUUAUGGGCAUUUUGGUUUUGACUCUUGGUCAAGACUUGCCUGAUGGUAACCUUGCUAGUCUUCAGAAGAAGGGAAAUGUUGCCAAAGACAAAUUCUCCAAUGUCUUGUGGUAUGCUGUCACCAAUUAUCGAACUUGGAUCUUCGUCCUCCUCUAUGGCUACUCCAUGGGAGUUGAGCUUUCCACCGAUAAUGUCAUUGCCGAAUAUUUCUACGAUAGGUUUGAUCUAAAGCUUCACACAGCAGGAAUCAUUGCAGCAACGUUCGGGAUGGCGAAUCUAGUGGCUAGACCGUUUGGAGGGUAUGCAUCGGACGUAGCAGCGCGAUACUUCGGGAUGAGAGGAAGGUUGUGGACACUAUGGAUCCUACAAACAGCUGGGGGAGUGUUUUGCAUGUGGCUAGGGAAAGCAACCAAGUUGCCAAUAGCAAUAGUGGCAAUGAUAUUGUUCUCAAUAGGAGCACAAGCAGCAUGUGGAGCCACAUUUGGUAUAAUUCCAUUCAUAUCAAGGAGAUCUCUAGGAAUAAUAUCAGGACUAACAGGAGCUGGUGGGAACUUUGGAAGUGGUUUAACACAAUUAGUAUUCUUCUCAACAACAAAAUACUCAACAGACACAGGAUUGUUCUUGAUGGGAAUAAUGAUUGUUUGUUGCACUCUUCCAAUAACUUUGGUUCAUUUCCCUCAAUGGGGAAGCAUGUUUCUACCACCAACUAAACAUGUUGAAAAAUCAACUGAAGAAUUUUAUUAUGGUUCUGAAUGGACUGAGGAUGAAAAGAAGAAAGGUUUGCAUCAACAAAGUAUUAAGUUUGCUGAGAAUAGCAGGUCUGAACGUGGUAGACGCGUUGCUUCAGCUCCAACUCCACCAAAUACAACUCCUUCUCAUGUUUAAUAUUAGAAUAAUAUAACAUAUAGUAAUAUAAUGUUUAAUGUGUUUUCUUUGCUUUUUGUCAUAUGUAUCUUUGUGACUUUAUUCAUGACCUUAAAGGCAAGGCAACCACUCUAAAUUAAAGCUAUGAAAAUGAGUUCAUAUUUGUUUGCUAAAUGAAUCUCUAGUGGUUUAUCUU